UUGUUAGGCAAGAUAACUCUGUAAGUCCUCUCUAGCAGCUAUGAGGGGAGGGGACGUGCCAUGCUAGCCACGGCAUGGGUUAGUAGAAGUCUAUAAAUGACACAAUGGGAGACUUCGCAGACACACACAUAGUACAUCCAUACUUUAUCACCUGUAACAAGAAGAAAAAGUCAUUACAGUGAUGUCACAAAGAUAUGAAUGGGGAUAUGGCCCUGCCAACGGUCCUGACAUGUGGCCAGACUACUUUCCGCUUUCUAAAGGAGAAAGUCAGUCUCCUAUUGAGCUUCAUACACGGUAUAUCAAACAUGAUGGAAGCCUACGACCAUGGAACCACACUUAUCAUCCAUCAUCGUCUCUAACAAUCGUCAAUGAUGGUAACACUGUUAAGGUGGUGUUUGAUGACUCUUCAGACAAAUCAGUGAUAAAAGAUGGUCCUCUGCGUGGAACCUACAGACUACGGCUACUGCAGUUUCAUUGGGGUUCUUCUGAUGACCAAGGAUCUGAACAUGUUAUAGAUGGCUUAAGAUAUGCUGGAGAGAUUCAGUUUGUGCACUGGAAUUCAAAAUAUAACAACAUUACAGAAGCCAAGAAAAACCCAGAUGGGGUGGCUAUAAUCUCAGUGUUCCUAAAGAUAGGGAAAGCCAAACCACAACUGAAACUGAUUUUAGAGGCACUGGACUGUAUUAUGACAAAGGGGAAGAAGGCUCAUUUCACAGACUUUGACCCUUCCGUUCUAUUCCCUACAUGCCAUGAGUACUGGACAUAUCAAGGGUCCUUCACAACUCCUCCAUGUGAGGAAUGUGUCACCUGGUUGCUUCUGAGAGAACCGAUCACAAUCAGCCCAGAACAGAUGGAGAAAUUUCGGAACCUCUUCUUCAGUAUGGCAUGUGAGGUCCCUCUGAAGAUGGUGAACAACUAUCGCCCCACCCAACCGCUGAAUGGAAGGGAAGUCAGGGCAUCCUUUGAUUAAAUCUUUCAUUGAUCUGCAAUAUAAUGACAUUAACAAUACAAAGAAGAACAUAUCUUUCUGCAUUAAUAUCUAUUAAAUGACAAAGAUGCUGAAACAUAAUACAUCAUUCUUGCAUAUGGCUGUUCUCAAACAUUUACAAGGGUUUUUGGCUGAUAUGAGUGAAAAUGUGUCUUUCAAGGUAAAAACAGGGCAAUAAUUUAUAGUAAAAAAAGGAACCGUUUUGUAUUGUGCAAUACAUGAAAUGACACUAGUGUGGUUUUAUUUAUUUACAAUGUAUUUGCACAUUUUGAAUUUUGAAAUAAUAUAAUUU